CGUCAGAAAUUCAGAAACCUUUAGCUGUAUACCGUUCGAUCUCCACAUUCCGUAGCUUGGUGAUCGUUGACAGACAUACAGAAACUCUCACCUGUGGGGUAUUACCAACCUGACAAGCAUGCGCUCCCUGUUACUGGCCUCGCUCGCCGCCGCCUUUUCGGCCAUCGCCGCUCUACCACAUCAACCUGAAGUACGAGGAGAGGCACUUGGAGACUGUCCCGGACUAUCCGCUAAACCGCUUGCCAAAAAGGCUGAAGAUCUUCGCCCAGAUGAAAUCUCUGUAGUCAUGGCGAUAGGCGAUAGCAUCACCGCCGGCCUAUUCGCACGACCUGCUAGCGACGACCUUUCCCCAUCGAUGAAGUCUCGAGAAGCGGACCAACAUUUCUUUCCCGGCUUCAAAGGCUUUGAAGAGUAUCGAGGUGUGAGCUUUUCCACCGGCGGGGAUGCAGAUGCUGUGACGUUGGCGAAUAACAUUCGGUAUUACAACCCGGAUCUUAAGGGACAGAGUUACGGGCAUCAUCGACCUCCUGUCUUGAGCAAAGCUUUCGGUCACACGCCUGCGAAUGACGGUCUCAACGCCGCCAAAUCUGGAGCCAAAGCGAAAGACCUCUUGAGCCAAGUGGAAGACUAUAUCCUGCCGAGCUUGAAUGAAGUUGGCGUGGAAACGGGCGAAUGGAAGCUGAUGACACUGAGUAUCGGGGCCAACGAUGUGUGCGACUAUUGCCUCGCUGGUAACUCUACAGUCGGUGGACCUGGAAGCCCUGAAGAAUUUGCUGACAAUGUGAAGAAGGCGAUCGUUGCUGCGAGAGAUAACAUCCCCAAUCUCGUGAUCGAUUUGGUCGGCCUGUUCCAAGUCUCCUCGAUCUACAACUUGUCCCGACAACAACCUCCCUGCACGCCGUUGAGGUUGCCACCCAUCUUUCCGACCCUGCCGAUCGAAUGUCAAUGUGCCUGGGCUCCCGGUCCUCUAGGGGAUGCGUCCAGAAAGAAGAUGGAUGCCCUGGGCGAGGAAUACAACCAGGCAUUGCAGGUGGUCGUCGCGGAACUGAAUGCCGAGAACCGCGGAGACUUUAUGGUCAUCUGGCAACCCGGAACAUUCUUGUCCCUAGCAGACUUCCCGACGAUAGCUCUUUCGCCGAUUGACUGCUUCCACCCCUCGCGCGAAGCUCAUCGCCGCAUCGGAGCUGGACUCUGGAAUCGUCUGACUCUUCCGCAGAACGAGAAAGCCUUGCCCAUGACCUGGGACGAGGUCGACCAUGUCAGGUGUUUGCGGGAUGACGAUCGUAUCAGGAAUUAGGACACGAUCACGCGUGGGCGCCUAUC